AUGAAUUCUGAUCCGAUCGAGGAGGCGAAGAAACCGACUGUCGUCGAUGCUCCAGGCUCUGUCGAUUAUGGCAACGGCGAGUCCGACCUCAUCUACAUUGAUCCGGCGAGAGAGGCAGCCUGCCGGAAGAAGUUUGACACCUACGUUGUGCCGGUCUCAGUCAUCUUCCUUCUCGGCAAUGCUCGUGUGUUCGGUUUCGAUGAAGACAUAGGCCUCAAGGGCGGGCAAUUCGGCAACAUCAACACCCUAUCAAGUGUCUGCACCAUCAUAUUCGAGGUCCCAUGGGUUCUGGCCGUCAAGCGAUGGGGUGCGAACAAAUCGAUAGGCACUGCUUUUGUGCUAUGGAGUGCUUGCACUCUUGGGACAGCUUUCAUACACACCUACGGCCAAGCCAUUGCUGUGCGAAUGUUGCUAAAUGCCUCCGAAGCUGGUCUGGCCCAAGCCUUCGCGUACCUGUUCACGACAAUUUACCCCCGAGAACUAGCUGGAAAACGGAUCAUGACAACAAAUCUUGCCCAAUGUAUUUCCGGCGCCUUUGGUGGCUUGUUUGCAUAUGCUGUACAGACUAUGGGCCCUCGCAACGGACUCGCAGCUUGGAGGUGGCUCUUCAUCAUUGAGUUCCUCAUUACAAUCGCUAUCUGUGGUGUUGGCUGGUGCUUCCUUCCAAAUGCGCCAGAGACGGCAUGGUUCUUGAAUGAGGAAGAGAAGGAAACGAUGCGCUUGAAGAAACAACGAGACUCGAUGCUCAGAGGUAAAGAUGAGUUCGAGCGAAGAUGGAUUAAAAUUGCACUCAUGGAUCCCUUCGUAUGGAUGCUCGGCAUUGCAUUCUUCACGUCUUCUGUCGCAAUCAACGGGUUUGGCGUUUUCUUGCCCACAAUAAUUAGUGGUCUCGGUUACGCCUCUCUCAAGGUCAAUUACAUGACCAUUCCUGUCUACGUGGUUGGAGCUAUCUCCCUUUCUGUCCAGGUCUACUGGUCCGAUAGGCUGAAGCGGCGUGGCGUUUUCAUUGUAGCUUGCUGCAUCCCAGUCGCAGCCGGAUAUCUAGUUUGCGUCGGAACACCGAACCCUGGUGCAGGCUAUGCGGGCAUGUUCAUACUCGUCCUUGGUCAGUCAUAG